AUGUCCAGUCCAGAGCAUGCAUUUCAAGAACUCGCCAAUAUCUUCGCAUCUAGAGACAACAAAGUCCUUGAAAUCGAGAUCAUCCCACCAAGUCUAGGCGCCGCAUUCCUCCAAGAUGGAUGCGCUAUUGGCACAACCAAGAAAACAUUAAUUCAGGCCUAUACGGUGGCCCGACAACUCUUCUUCGACCGUCUACAGCCUAUGACCGAAGAUGACCUCAAAGCCAUCCACCAGUCCGAUACGGUCAUCACAGAGAUAAUGCUUCUCUUCGACUGCGAGCAUCUCACUGCUUGUAACUGGCGCAAGCGCAGACUCUGCACAGCCAUGGCUAGUUCCGUCGCAGCUACCACGCUGUUACUGUUCCAAACUGAGCUCACGCUCAUGUCGAGCUAUCAGUGCUCGCCGCUGCAUCGCCACACCAAAUCGCCCACUUUGUGGCAUCAUCGGCUGUGGGUGCUGGGCCAUUUACUGCGGAUGCAGACUUGGAGCACACCGGAGCUGUUGAGUCUUCAGCGCUCAGAAUUGGAUGUUGUUCUUCGCGCUGGAGAAUUGCACCCCAAGAACUACUACGCCUUUAGCUACAUGCGACAGUUGGGUGUAGUGUUGACUGAUGCGGCUGAGGAUGAGGACUGGAAUACUGAAUCCGCACGCUCCGUUGUUGACCGGGUUAUCGAUUGGUGCCUGGCCAAUCCGCGCGAUAUAUCGGGUUGGAGCUUCGCUGUUCAUGUGUUGGAGGAUAUACCAAGCGAAGAUAUCCAAGUGCAGGCACUUGGGAAAGUUACUCGGUUUGCGCUUAGUGUUGGAUGGGAAGGGGAGAGCCUGUGGACGUUUGUCGCGCAAGCGGCGAGCCAAUUCGGCCUUGAAGACACGGUGAAUGCGAUAAUGAUUCCCCUUGGGAGGAAUGUUUCCGCCCAAGGUUCGCAGAAGCGAUGGCACACCUGGCUGGGUUUGGCGAGAGCAUAUUGGGCUCAAAAUGGGAAUGGCUGA